CAGACGCGAAUCCGUUGACAACGCGGUCGCCCCUGGGAUGACUAUAUCCACGUCCCACGACCCACGAUAUCGCACCACGGAAACGACCACGCCCACGAAACUUCCUGCAUAUCCUACACAAGCCAACGAAAUGCCAAGUGACGAUGCCAUUUUUAUAGACCUUUUCUAAAACAAGCCAGAUACGAGAUUCAAGAUUCAAGAUACGUCUACGGAUAGUGAUAGCGAAAGCGAGGCGCCAGUGAAAGUGCCAUCCGCCCAAUCAAGACGCCGGAUGAUUUGAUGAUGGCAGCCAGCGGGCGGAUUCGCAAGCGAAAGCAUAAAAGCCAUACAAGUGGCGACGUUCCCAGUACGACGACUAGUGUUACCAUGCCCAUUCCGACCAUGGCGCCGGGGAAAAUGGUCGCGGAGACAAUGGAGGAAGCCGCCGCCCUCGCCGGGGAUUACAAUAAUUUCACGCAUAAUUUCGUCGAUUUGCAGAACCUCUUGAGUUUCAACGAAUUGAAUGGCACUAGUGGUAGCGGUGGCGGAGGUGGUAGCAGUGCUGUCAGCUCCUUGGGAGCAUCGAGUGCCAUUAAACUGAAUAACGGCGCCAUUACGGACACUCUGCUGGGCACGGUCCUCACAACGGCCACUGCCACGGUCGCUCCGGCGGCCAGUUCGCUGCUAGCCACCUUGGCGGCCACCACAACAGCAUCUGCGAGAGGAUCCCUGGCGGGCAAGUCGCUGGCCAUCGCAGACGCCACUUCAUCCACCUACUAUUCCAACUUGCUGAACCUGUCGCCGGCGACCACCAGUUUGAUCUCGGCGGCUGCGGCCACCAAGUCGUACAACGACAGUGCCCUCCGGUGGGAGCAGCUGGACGGGAGCGUGGACUUCGGAUUCGACCCACUCUACCGUCACUCGCUGGCCAUGUCCAUGGUCUACUGCGUGGCCUACAUCGUCGUUUUCCUGGUGGGACUCAUCGGGAAUAGCUUCGUGAUUGCCGUCGUACUGCGGGCUCCUCGCAUGCGGACGGUGACGAACUACUUCAUUGUGAAUCUGGCCAUUGCGGACAUCCUGGUCAUUGUCUUCUGCCUGCCAGCCACUCUGAUUGGCAACAUCUUUGUGCCCUGGAUGCUCGGAUGGCUGAUGUGCAAGUUUGUGCCCUACAUACAAGGUGUCUCCGUGGCAGCCUCGGUCUACAGCCUGAUUGCCGUUUCCCUGGACAGGUUCAUUGCCAUCUGGUGGCCCCUGAAGCAGAUGACAAAGCGACGUGCCCGCAUCAUGAUAAUCGGCAUAUGGGUAAUCGCGCUGGUGACCACCAUCCCUUGGCUGCUCUUCUUCGACCUGGUGCCCGCCGAGGAGGUCUUCUCCGACGCCCUGGUCUCGGCCUACUCGCAGCCGCAGUUCCUCUGCCAGGAGGUGUGGCCCCCGGGCACGGAUGGGAACCUCUACUUCCUGCUAGCCAACCUGGUGGCCUGCUACCUGCUGCCCAUGUCCCUGAUCACGCUCUGCUACGUGCUCAUCUGGAUCAAGGUCUCCACGAGGUCCAUCCCCGGCGAGUCCAAGGACGCGCAAAUGGACCGCAUGCAGCAGAAGAGCAAGGUGAAGGUCAUCAAGAUGUUGGUGGCCGUGGUCAUCCUGUUUGUUUUGUCCUGGCUGCCGCUCUAUGUCAUCUUCGCGCGGAUCAAAUUCGGCUCGGACAUCUCGCAGGAGGAGUUUGAGAUCCUCAAGAAGGUGAUGCCGGUGGCCCAGUGGCUGGGCUCCUCGAACAGCUGCAUCAAUCCCAUCCUCUACUCAGUGAACAAGAAGUACCGACGCGGAUUCGCGGCCAUCAUCAAGUCGCGCAGCUGCUGCGGACGCCUCAGGUACUACGACAACGUGGCCAUCGCCUCCAGCACCACCAGCACCCGGAAGUCAUCGCACUACCACCAGAACAGCUCGAGAAAGAGUCCGAGCAGCAAGGGCAACGCGGUGUCCUACAUCUACGAGCACAACUCACUGCGGCGCCACAACAUGAUGCUCAAGCAGGACAGUAACCUGUCGCAGCAGAUGCUGCUCAAGCAGGACUCUCACGGAUCGCGUCAGUUCCUCAUCAAGCAGGAGAGCUCCUGCAGCGAUGCCUCUGGGAUCCGGCGACCCCUCUGCCAACAGGACAGCAAUGGCUCCAAGGUCUCACUGUCCAAGCAGGACUCAAUUGUGUCCUACAUGGAAGCACGCAGGGCGGCAGGACACGGUCUCAACGACACACUGGUGGACAGGGAUAGCGUCUCGAUGGACGUGGGCCGGCGACAGGGCGCCACACCGAGCUCCCUGCUGGAUAAGCGGCAGAAAUUCGUGAAGCAGGACUCGGUGAUCUCGUUUGUGGACCAACGACCAGAGCAAAGGCGCCAUCAAUUGGUCAAGCAGGACUCGGUUAUCUCCUUCGCCGACCAGCGACGCGGGUUGCUCCACAAACAGGACUCGCUGAUGGCCAACCGAACGGGUGAUGCACCCACCCACCACGUUUCCAUUUUGAAGAAGACCGACUCGCAGCUCAGCUACGGCAGUUCGACUUCUCCUCGUAGGAAUGCGGAUCUCUACGAAUAGGCAACUUUGGGUUGAACGAGCUCCUAACACUGGUAGAUAGAUACCAACCACCAUUUGUGUGGGUCGAUUUCAGUUGAACAAGUGGAAGGAACUACCUUAGGGGUUUAUGUAAUCCAGCAAUUUUAAAGCAUAAUUAAGACGGUUUAUCUUCGCUCUAAUACGUUCUUGAAUCACAUAAACCCCUAAGAUGUAUUGCUUAACAAAUCGACCUAACCUAACAUACAAACAAAAGCAACGAUACCAAAAACUUACCGAACCACAAAGAAGUCUUAGAAGAUUUCUAUAGCAGAUAGUCAGACAUGGAUCGAAUGAAGUCGAGUGAUAGGCCUACGAUUGUGAUAUAAGUCGGCAGUGCUGGUGGGUUCAGAAUCUGUCACUAGGCAGUGAAGCACACAUCCGUCACCGUCGUUGGGAUAGGGUAGUGGACGGGAUGGAGUGCCAGUGGGGACGGACAUCGGGAUGGACCAAUUGUGGGUGGGUAUAUCUAAUCAGAGAUCGCUUAGCUAGGAACAGACACGCCACACGGGGCACGGGAAACAGGACUUCCCCACAGACACACACACACCACAGAAUGCAGAAGACGAGUACACAGAAGACACUCCCCACAGACCUAAUAGGUAAUAGAUGUUUUAUACGUGUUUCAGAGGUACUACACAAAAUAUGAACUACUCCUUGGCUAUGGCUAUAUAAUACCUAUAUGUACCGUUACGCAGUUUUAAGAUUGUUUGUACUCGCAAUUUGCUAUAUCGAAAAGUUUGGUUAAGAGUGGGCGGAACAACGUGGGCAUCGAAGGGGUUAUAAUAGCUUAGCUAAACUUUUUGUACAACGGCGAACGUGAGUGAAACGGGCAAGUCCAGUAUCAUAGUUGAGAAACGAAAACAAAACAAAAUGAGAUAACACCGAGGUCUAAAGUAACGUACCUACUAAAUUUUUGUAUGGAAAUUCUUACAAUUUAUACAUAUAUAUUUAUAUUGAUUUUGGAAUAAGCAAUAUGCAAUACAAGCGUAGGUCUGCGCGUACGCCGUGUAUCUAUCAAACAACAAUAAUCAAUUUUAUUAGAAUUUUACACAACUGAGUCGCGGCAGCGGAAAUGGCACAGCAGCGGAAAUGGGUUAGUAAACGUAAUGCACCGGAAGGCGAGUGAAAACGAAAACGAUUGGCACACCAUCCAAGCUUUGUUAUCGGUCAAUCGCCGACUAUUUCGAUAUUUCGAUGCUUCGGUAUCGAUGGGCAGAGGAACCAGAGGCAGCAGAUGUAGUGAGGGCAUCGAACGCGCACAAAGUAACACUUGACCAUGCUGGGACAGAGUAGAUUAGGGGGGAACGGAGUAGUCUAGGGAUUAGGGCUAGAUUAGGAUUAGAACAGGACGAAGGAGUAGGUUGUCCGCUAAGUGAGCACAAAGCAGUCAAAGAUUUCGCACUAAACGUAUCACUAAAAACUAACAAAGAAGCAAACAAUAAUCGAACUCAAAUUCGUUAAACACUAAACACCAAUAAACUUUAAACUAUACGAAAUAAAAUUUUAGCGGAUAGCGCAAGGAGGCAGAAUCAAUGGUAAAACUAUGAAACUAAACGUAACGAUUAACUAUGCAAUUUUAUUGUUAGCCAAAAUUUUAUAACUGUCAAGUAACGAACAAGUAAAUAUUUAUAUGUAUACAGAAUAUAUCAAGUAUAAAGCAUACGUUAUAUAUCUUUAUAUACUUCGAUUGCAUUAGGCGCUGAUCGGUAGAGUUUUAAUAGGCUUUUGUGUAACCGAGAACGAUCUGAUCAGAGAUUUAGUCUACUCGUACUCAUCGCUCUCUGUUCAGGUACUUGGGGAGCUACAUACAUAUGUGUAAACCCGAUCCGAAAUCGAAAAGUAGAAGACAUGCACAGCCCGUUCAAAACUCCAGCGCUUAGUGUAAGGCAAGCAUCUACAAUGAGGAAUAUCACUAAAAUAUUUCAAAUAUACAAAAAUAUAUUUAUAUAGGCCUAGCGACUCACAAGCUGGCAGCAUGUGGCAAGCAGCCACAGAAGCGAACAACAACGUCUAGUAAACAAGAGAUUACAUUUAUACAAAUACAUACAUAUUAUAUGCUGCAAGUAUGAAGGGCGCGCAAUAGAAUGUCCUUUCCCGCUUUCGAUUCCACUUAAAGAAGAACCCGAAAGUUGCGAGCAGGCUGAUUUAAGCAAAGUAAUAUUUAUCGAAUACCCCAAUUUGAACUUUAGGUUUUAAAGUUUUAAAACGUAGAGCAUACCCAUACUCACAUGCAUGUGCAUUAUGUUCGUUAUUUACCGAUGCGGAAAACAAAAAACAUAAAAUAUUUAACAGAGAUCGCGCGUUAACCAGUUAAACCGAAAGCAUGGCAUUAAUGGCAACACAAUAUUAUAUAUGUAAAUAUAUGUGUUAUGCAGACAUAUAUAUGUAUAUUUAUCGCAUAGAACUAACACCAAAGAUACAUGCAUGUUAGCAGAAAUAAUAAAUAAAAAUUCAAACUAAA